ACUUCCGCUUAGCAACGCCUUGUUUGGCCCCUCCUCCGGUUACUAAGGAGAGAGGCAGAGAAGCCAACAUGGCUCAGAGAGGAGAAGGAGCGUUUGUUCUGCACGGCAGGAAAGCUGCUCUCAGAGAGAAGCCAUAUGAAUUUCUGAGUAAUACUCAGAAAACCACAAGUAGCCACAAUCUUAGUUUCCAGGGGCCUGCCAACCACCGCAGACCUCACGCAAGCAACAGAGGACAAUCAUUUCACGGUGAAACAAAUGUCCUAGGCCGCACAUUGUCACAAUACACCAAAGAAAAUCCAAGCAUUGAUGACCUAGAAGAUAAUUUAAGAAAACUCAAAGUCCAAGUGGAUAGUUUGGCCUCGAGUCUUAAUGUGGACUAUGAGAAAGAACCAAUGUCUAAUGAAUCUACAGAUUCACACAUACCUCAGUGGCCAACACAUAUGAAUGGAACAAUGUAUACAAAAUAUGAAAGAACAACAAAGACCGCACCCGACUAUGAAUUGUUUAUAAAGUCAAGGCAUUUAGAGAACUCUACUGAAAAUUAUUCUACAAUGCAGAACUCGGGGUUACCCAUAUUUUCAAGGUCAUCCCUUUAUCGUCCACCUGGAAUUCUGACUAGCACAACCUCAAGUACAGAUUCCAGCUCUCCUUCAGUAAACCCACUAGAUACUACAUAUGGUGAAUCCUAUCCUGUUAAGCUUGGAGCACCUCAUGUGAUUGGAGUCAAAUCUUUAUUGCCUCCCAAAAUCCCUGUACGUUCUAGAUCUCCAAACAGAACAAGGGAUUCCAUAGUGAGAGGGAGAUCUCAAUCCCUUGACCGUUCUCAUUCGUUUUCUCCUGCUUCAAAGAAAACCCGUUGGUUAAGGUCUCGUUCACAAUCACCAAAGCCCAUAUGGAGGCCAAACUCCGCAAAAGCUAAUGCUUGUAGCCAACAACCACCAAGACUUCGAUCCAGUGGCAAGACAUCUUCCUCCAACCGGCAAUCACGGUCACGGUCUUACAGACCUGGUGCUUUAGUCACAAGGUCCUUCACACCGCCAAGAAAGACAAGAAGCAGCCUCAGUUACUCAUGGAGUCCCUACAGCAUACCUUCAGCUGCAAUAACAGCACCAAGUGUCGAGGAGAUUAGUGAAAGAUUCUUGAAGACAUUGACAGAAAGAGAUGCUGGAGUGUCUUUGGUAGAAACAUCUCCCUACCAGCAGGAAUUGGCACGACUCAGACUGGAGCGACUUCGGGUGGAAGAGGACUUACUAUUGGAAAUUAAAAGACAACAAGAAUUGGAAAGAACCAGAGGGCCUAAACCUAAAUGGUAUGAGAUGAAAAACUCUCAAUUCCAUUAUGAAGCUCGUAAAAACAAUGAAUUGCUGAAGAGCAGCAAUGAUUAUCAGGCAAUCUAUGAUUAUCGUCAAGAUUUGACUACAGCAUCGAGGGACUUUCAGGAAAACCUCAAGAUCACCCAUUUGGAGCCAGCAUAAAUGGACAAGGCCCACGAUCUACUGACAAACCCCGACUUGCAAGUUGAUCUUGGUAGGAUACUUUGAUGUUGGAACCCUGCUGAGUUCAAAAGCUGCUCAAGCAGCUAAACUUAGCAGUAACAUUUCACUUCAAAGAAUUCGGCCAAUGAAUACUCACACUGGCAACAGUGUCUGAUAAGGGUUGGUAGGUGUUCGGUUAUUCCUAGACUGCACUAAUUUGUAGAAUCACAUAAUUUCUUUUAUUGUGCUACUUAUGUUUACUUUGAAACCUGCAUUUCCACAUAUAACCUUUAGGUAAUAUGAGGCAUUUUAAUGAUAAGAUUGUUUUUAUAAUUUAUCGUGCAUACAUUUUAUUUAGCCUGUUUUAAUGAAUUUUAGUGGUGUUUAUUUAUUAAGUUUGUCAAACUAUGUUCCAUCUAACUCUGCAACAAAAAUCAUGUUAGAUUUCCAUGUCUACAAAAUUACUUUUUUGUGUUGUUGAUUGUGUUUUUUU